CGUAGCCAGUGCAGUAAUGGCGGCUCACAGUUCGCUCCUGGAUAUUUGUAUCGGAAGCGCAGUGUGACUCCGUGUGUCCGGACUGUCUGAUCUACAGGCUCUGGAAUAAAGUUCAAUUUUUUUGUACCGCUUCUUUUCUCGAUUCUUGGAGUUUUUUAUUCGCUUCUCCGGGCGAUUUGUCCGAGGGCUUGCUAGCUUAGCUUUGCUAGGUGGCAAAUAGAAAACAAGUCAAAUUAGCCUAGCAUGCUAAACCAACUCAGUGGAGCCAGGUUUCCUCAGUGCGCCCUGUGUUAGCUUGUUGGCCACCGAGCCGCAAGAGUGUGUGUGCGUAGCGCGAGCUUCAGGAACACACACACACACACACACACACACACACGGCGUAAAGAGUUGACUUGAACUCGGUCCUUUAGGAAGCUAAUCUCCGCUCUGAAGCAGCGGCGCUGUGGGACGGUGGGAGCGGCUAAUAAACCAGGGGCAGUGCUAAUCACAGUGCUAGCGGUUAGUCCUAUGGUCCAGCAUGCUGAAGACCCGACAGUGUUUACUCGGACUCCGCACUUUCCUCGGAGUGGCGUCAAGGAUCUGGGGCUUCAUCCUGUACAUCCUCAGGAAACACCUUCGCACGAUAAUUCAGUACCAGACGGUGCGCUAUGAUACGCUACCCCUCUCUCCUGCAUCCAGAAACAGACUCAAUGCAGUGAAGAGGAAGAUCCUGGUUCUGGAUCUGGAUGAGACUCUGAUUCACUCUCACCAUGACGGGGUGCUGAGGCCUACUGUCCGACCCGGAACACCACCAGACUUCAUUCUCAAGGUGGUCAUAGAUAAACAUCCAGUGAGGUUUUUUGUGCAUAAAAGACCACAUGUCGACUUUUUCUUAGAAGUGGUGAGUCAGUGGUACGAGUUGGUGGUGUUCACAGCCAGUAUGGAGAUUUAUGGCUCUGCUGUAGCAGACAAACUCGACAACAACAGAGGAAUCCUUAAGCGCAGAUAUUACAGACAGCACUGUACGCUGGAUUUGGGCAGUUAUAUCAAGGAUCUAUCAGUAGUGCACAAUGACCUGUCCAGUAUAGUGAUCCUGGAUAACUCACCUGGAGCAUAUCGCAGCCAUCCAGAUAAUGCAAUACCUAUAAAGUCAUGGUUUAGUGACCCUAGUGACACAGCGUUACUGAACCUGCUGCCCAUGCUGGACGCACUGAGGUUUACCUCUGAUGUUCGCUCGGUUCUCAGCCGUAAUCUUCAUCAGCAUCGUCUUUGGUGAUGUUUUAAUCUCUUCUGUUAAACUGUCCACUGCUGGAACCGUCCGGCUCUCUGUAAGGUGACCUGUGAUGUCAUUGAACUCCAACAACUGGACUGGAGAGAGAGAGAGAGAGAGAGAGAGA